AUGUCUCACAGGGAAGGUAGUUCCAAUAUCGAGAUCAAAGAUAUUGCUUCUUCUUCCAACAAACUAGGUCACCUGCUUCACAUUAUGAAGACUUCUUCUCGUUGCAUGUCGCCUACUAUGAUGGAGAUGAUUGGUACCGUUCUAUGCACAAUGAACAAAUGUGUGGUUUUUUCAACUUGGACUAGGGGUAUCAUCGACGCUAAUGGACAAGCUUAUUGGAUCCUUUAA